AUGUAUCUUCCACGGCAGCUCAUUUCACACCUAUAUCUACAACUUCUCCGAUCCCACCAUCCGCUCUCCCCGCCAGUCCUCAUCCUUGUCGCACUCGAGCCAGACGCGCUGUGUGCCUGUCGUAUCCUCACGGCUCUACUCAAGCGCGACUAUAUACCCCACAAAAUCCAACCGGUUGCCGGAUAUGGCGACCUUGCACGCGCAGGCGAGGAUCUGGUCCGGCCAAUGCAAACCACGAAUGGCGGCAGCGGAGGUGUCGUAAUUUGUCUUGGAGUUGGAGGCCUCGUCGAUCUUGGCGAGAUCUUGAACCUCACCUCUGCAGAAGAAGAGGUAGAGGAUCUCGGCGGCAUUGAGAUUUGGGUCCUUGACGCGCGACGGCCAUGGAACCUGGCCAACGUCUUCGGUGGCCAAGCGGGCAUAGGGCAAGCAAUGGCGGAAAUUGAUGUCAAUGCGCGUCGAAAUGGGCGAGGUGUGGAAAAGGGGCGCAUCACGCCUUCUUACACGUCCAAAUACGGUGGCAUCGUUGUCUUUGACGACGGCGACAUUGAGGAAGAGCUCGGCAGUGAGCGCGAAGCAUACUAUGCGCUACUUGAGAUGCCCGAGGUGGAUGAUGACAAUGAUGCAAGUGCCAACGACUCUAGCGAUGACGAUGACGAUAUUGUCCCAGGCUCCAAGAAACGCAAAUCAUGGUCGGAACGAGAGGACGGGGAAGAAUCGGAUGAAGAAGAUGGACCUCCUCGGCGACGGAAGCGGAGCAAUUCAGGAUCAUCUCUUGCAUCUUCCCCAACCCAUCGAAGAAGGACUGCGAUCAAUUCUUCCAAUUCAUCUCGUUCUCCUACUCCAGCAUCAGAUUCCCCGUCGCCGACCGAGAUUCGGCAACCAUCCACGAAGCAACUGACGCGUCGACUCAUCAAGCUGAAGCGCAGACAUGAAUCGGUUCUACAAAGAUAUUAUUCCGCGGGAACGUCAUAUUCGGAGCCAAUUUCAUCACUUAUUUACUCUCUGGCGUCUGAACUUGGUCGCGAGGAUAAUGACCUUCUUUGGCUUGCGAUUAUCGGCGCCUCAAGUUUGGAGUUGAGUGGUCGAACCAUGACUGGAGUCGGGAUUUCCAGCACAUCUGAAUCCGGAGGUUCUGCGGGUUGGGGUGGACAGCGUGGGGAGCAUAUUCGCCAAAUCUUAAGAGACGAGGUCCAUCGACUGAAUCCGCCGGAUCCCUCUGAGCGGGACCGGGAUGCAAGGGGAGAGAUUAACGGCGUCAUUCCAACGACGGCCAGAUCGCCUACAGAUACAUCCAUUCGUCUCUCACCAGAGCCUCGUUUUCUCCUCGUCCGGCACUGGUCGCUUUAUGACAGCAUGCUGCAUAGUCCGUACCUGGCCACCCGACUGCAUGUAUGGACAGAAAAUGGGCGCAAACGUCUGCACAAGCUUCUUGCAAAGAUGGGCGUCAGUCUCAGUCAGUGUCAUCAGAACUAUACCCAUAUGGAUAUGGAACUUAAACGAGCACUGCGGGGAAGGCUUCUCAAGUAUGCCCCUAUGUAUGGCCUGGAUGGCUUGGUUCCUCCAGAAACUUCUGGCGGGCACGCUAGCUCCCGUGAGGGCUGGGGUUUCGUGCGCUGCUGGGGAUGGAAAGCAUGUCUUUCCGCCACGGAUGUGGGUGUGAUUAUAGGCGCCAUGUUGGAGGUCGGUCCUCAUGAGGCCUCUGGGCCAUGGGACACGAAACGCAUUUCGCGACCUAAAGUAUCUGACGAGGCCGACAUCAAUCAAGGGCCCAACGGGUCUGAUUUGGCCAGUCUGCUGCCCCGCUUCUGGAGUGCUUACGAUGCUCUGUCGCUUACGUCCGAAUCUCCUACACUUCUUAUGGAGGCUCUUCCACUAGCCCAGCAUCUUCACCGCGCAAUCUUGCGCACCGGUACUUCCCUACUGUCGAAACACCAGAUUCGCCAUCUUCGGGCAUUCCGUAUCGCGGUUGUCAAAGAUGGACCUGAUGUGAAAUUAUUCACAAAUCCCGGGGCUCUGACCAAGUUGGCUCUCUGGAUUGCCGAGGCCAUUAAAGUUCAAGAGCGUGACAAAGAUCGGGAUCUCUAUGUGGUCGUCGGCACAGGUGGCGGUGGUGGCGUAAUUGAUUUUGCUGCCAUGUCGAAGCGUCAAGAAGAACGCCGGAAAAAGAAAGAAGCCAAGGAGAAAAGGCAAAAGGAAAGGGAAUUGCGACGAGCACGACGUGCGGCAGAGCGGGCUGAGCAAGGCGAUGAAGAUGCCGAAGACGAGGAGUCGGACGAGUCUGAAUCUUCUUCCGAGUCGGAGUCUGAAGACGAAGAUCCUCGAGGAAGCAAAAACCUACUGCGCAACCGUUUCGGUAUUGCCUUCCAAGAGGUUGUCCAAGAAACCAAUGCCCGCGUCCGUAUAGACAGCUUCGACCACUGCGUUGUCGAGGUUCAAAGGAUGAUCUGGGAGGGUUUCUCGAGGCCCUCAGUUUCCGCAGUGUGGUGGGUUGAGCCUCUUCUCUUCCGCAUCACCACUAUAAUUCACGCAGUCUACGACCUGACCACUUGCAUUUGGUUUAUUCUUCUUUCUUGGCAUACAUGCGAAACGGCUCUCUGUUUUCUCCUUUUUUCGAUUUUUGUUAACACGCACGGGAAGAGCAAAUUGGAGUUGGGUGGCGAUGGGCGCACUUGA